AAACAAACUGAAUUUGACCGUCGGGUAAAAUGUUCUGUGUCGGACUGUCGCUUCGUUUGUGAUGUGAGCGUUUAUUCGAUUUAAAUAAUGUUUUUAUUGUUUCGUGAAUGAAAACAGCUUCAAUCAACAGCUGCAUUGAUUGAAUAGUUGCUAUUAAUAUAGUGAAAACCGAAUUGGCUAGCUAAUAACGGUAUUUUCACUAUAAUUAACAAUAAACAUACGUUCCUAUCGCCCUGAUUUCAUGGAGGAUAUUCGUGUUUAUAAAUAUUGAUUUGUUGCAUAUCUCGUUUUCUUUAAUUUCCAUUGUGUCUCAAAUUGUGAAGUGUAAUGUAGGUAGACGUAGGAAGUGUAAAAGAUAACAAUUGUUAGAGUGAAAAUGCAACAGAUGUCUUAUUUUCGCUAUGGCGCUUUACCGUGUGUUGUGAUUGCAAGCGGUCGAUCGUGUUUUCUGUGAUUUUGUGUUGGAUUUGUGUUGAAUUUUGACAAUGGAGGGGACUACGGAAAAGGAUUGUUCCCCGUUGUGGAACCUUUAUCAGCAAAUAGUAGCAGAUAUGAAGAAUAGCGCACCGAUGUGGGAGGAAUUCAUAUCGAAAGCUACGAAACUGCACUCUGCAUUGAAGUCAGCGCUGGUCGCAAUAGCUGCGUUUUUGGAUGCCUUCCAGAAAAUUGCUGACGCGGCGACCAAUGCUAGAGGCGCGACAAAAGAGAUCGGCACAGCUCUCACGCGAGUGUGUCUGAGACAUCGAGCCAUCGAAACUAGGAUGAAGACAUUUAUAAGCACACUAAUGGAGCGUCUGAUAACGCCGCUGUCCGAACGCGCGGAUGAGUGGCGGCGCGGCUGCAACGGCACCGGCGCGCUGAGCCGCGAGCACGCGCGCGAGUGCAAGCGCGCGCGCGCAGAGCUCAGGCGCAGGGUGCACGAGACGCAGCGGCAGUCGCGCAAGGCGAGGCGGGCGACGCCGGACCUGAAGCGGAGGAACGAUGUGUCGUUGCAGGAUAUUCAAGAGCGCAAAGAGCAAUUAGAGGAAAUGGAGGAGAAAGCUGUAAAAGCAGCACUUAUAGAGGAGAGGAGUCGCUUCUGCCACUUCGUUUCGUUGCUCAACCCUGUAGUGGAGAGUGAAGUGGCCAUGCUAGCGGAGGUCGGUCACCUGCAAGAGGGCACGGAGCAAUUGGCGCGACACACGGCGGAGCCACGCAGUCUGCCGCCGGCUAGCUUGCAGGUGAUCUGCGACAUAAAGUGCAGCUACAGCGGGUGGGAGGGCGGCUCGGCGCCGCACUCGCCGAGCUCGUCGCGCCUCGGCAGCCGCAAGUCGUCGCUCACGUCCAUCUGCUCGCUCAGUCACUCCGAGCGCCACGAUUCAACGGUCAGCUGCUCCACACCGAUAUCGAACGCGUCGUCGGGCGGCGCGACGCCCGCGCCCUCCGCCGACUCGCAUCACAACCAGUCUCCAUUCCGGUUGGCGAGUGUGUGCAGUACCGACUCCGGUUUUAGGUCACAAGAUGCGUUGCAGCGACCAUCGCUUUAUGUAGAUAAUGGCUCAGACAACCAAAGCGUGACCAGCGAAUGCCUGACUCCGACGAAAGCGCGCGACGAUGUCGACGAUCCACAUGAUAUUAUGAAUGCCGCAUCAGCAACCUGGCCAGAUUUGAAGGAUACAGCGCAAUUCGAGAGAGCCGCCUCCGCUAUAAUGGGGGGCAGGCCGCAUACUAUAUCGGCUGGAUCAGAGCGCGCGCACGCGCGGCCCGCGCUCAGCGUGCACACGUUCGCAGAGAACCAACGCGACACCGGCAUUUACGCCAGGCCGCCUCUGCCCACUAGGUGUUCCUCACUAGAGAGACCCCUGGUGCCGUCUAAAGCCAACUCCACGUUGCAUAGCGAAAUGAAACCGAAGCCGUCGUCACUACCGCCGCAUUUAACUAAAGAAAUGCCGCAAGCGUUGUACGUGAACAUGUCGGAGUUGGCGACGAUGGCGGCGUCGCGUGCGCAGCAUCAGCACGGGGAGUAUCCGCACCAGGAAAAGGUGUGUUCCGAGUCGAGUGCAAGCGAAUCGUCUCUAGAAUCGUCUAGCGGUUACGGUAGCCAGGGCGCUUUCGCGGCGGAGGACCACGCCCACCACCAGGCGUCGCUGGCUGACGUCACGUCAGAGAUAGUCACGCUGCGGCGGGACGCGGUGGCCGCCGCGCGGGACAGCUUCUCCGUGUCGCUCGGCAGCCUGGAGGAGGCCGUGAGGAGCUUGGAAGAGCUGGACCAGCCGACCUUUGCCACCGUCGGCAAGCCGGCUGUGCCGAAACGACGCCCGGUUUCUAUGUCCGCGGGCGCGGCGUGGUCGCGGCGCGGCUCGUCCAGCUCGGUGGGCAAGCCGCCGCCGCCGGUGCGCCGCUCGUCCUCCAUAUCGCGCCCGCAGCGGCCCUUCGUGCAGAGCAACGUGCAAAAUGCGCAUUUGAAUACGGAUGCGGACAACUUGCCUCCGCCCCCCGCUUUCCUCUUGCAACCGGACCAUGAAACCGCUGCUGGUCAUCAAGGCAUAAACGUAGCGGAAACUGUUAAACAAUUAACCGAACUGAAGCACAUGCCGGCUUCUCCCGGACUGUUGCGGCGAACGAUCAACCAGAAUCAGAAUCAACAGCAUCAGAAUCAACAAAAUCAGCAGAAUCAGAAUUACGAGAGCCAAAGUCAAAGUCAAUUGAGCACUUUCCAGCAGGCUAAAAGCAAUUUCGCUGGGAAUUUGAACCCUAUUUACGGGCAGACAGGGCACAGAAUCGUGGCCUUCGAGAAUUCCAUAUACGCGAGGAAGAAUAGCUUGAAUAGCUCCAACUCGGAUCUGUUUAGGGAUGGGAGUGCGAGUAACAUGUACGGAGAAGUAAAAGAAUCCUCGCAAGCGUCAUCUCCCUGUACGCCCGGCAACUCCGACAAGCCUUUCUCGAGCUUCGGUCCAAGGAUCCAUAACGAUUCGCACUACGGACAGACAGGUCUGAAGCUGUCGGAGCGUCGGGCGGCGGACGGCAUAUACGCGGUGCCGGCGGCGCAGCCGAGUGGGCUCAUAGCAAGUCUGAGCGCGAAGCUGGCCCCGCAGCUGUCGCCGCGGACCAGUCGCCGAGCGAUAUCCACUAUAACUGCGGCCGAUACGCAUAAGCCCAAAGCAAGCCCGGCGGUGCAGCCGGCGUUCCUGGACAAGCUGUCGGCCACGCUGCAGCGGCGCGCGCCCGCCCGCGGCGCUCUCGUGCGCGACGCCAUCAACGCGCGCGCGCAGCCGGAUCCGCGCGUGUGUCACACCUCACUAAUGGAGCAGAUCAAGCGAGGCGCAACACUACGCCGCAAUAAGCUAUGUAACGAUAGAUCCGCGCCGAAAAUACGUUAAAAUUGUAUCGAAUAAUAUUUACAUCACUAUCUAUAUAAAUUUGGUUUUUAUUACGUUCGAGUUGAGAAUUUUUGUAAUGUCAAACACAUCACUAUUCAACAGGUGCACGUGACAUUUUUUAUCGAUACCAACAUCACUACGAAGGCGCAAUGCCAUGCAAUACAUUUUGCAACGAUAAUUCGCGCCUAAUUAUACGAAUAUAUAUCGACAAUUUUCACACAUCACUAUUUAUAAUUUGUAUAUUGUAAACAUGUAGCAACGUUCGCCAAAUUUGUAUUUAUAACGAUUACAAUAUUUCGAAUAAUUUGUGGUUCAAUGUGAUUAUAAAAUGUUUAAUUGUAAAAGUAGAAUGAAUAGCGUCGUCUCUUUCUUUCUCAUGGCUGAUGCUUAAAUAAAAUGAGACGGCUGUAUACAUUCUUAUUUAUAGAUAUUGAAAUAUGAUUCUUCUUAAGGAAAUCGUAACUAAUUUUAUGUUAUAGGUGUUUUAAGUUUAAUAUUUAUCAUACAUAUUAUAAAGAUGUUUUAAUUGCCACCUCCAUUUAAUCUCUUUACUAACAAUAACUUUAUUGCCAAUAAAUCAGGUCUUCUUUUUAUAUCUUUUUUUCUUGUUUGCGUGAUUGAAUAUCAUAUUUUUCAAUCUUUUUCUUAAAGUUUUAGAAAAGACUAAAAUUGCAUUGUCGUAGAAUGUUUAUUAUAUUAUUAUAAACUAUAACCGUCAAAAGACGCUCUUAAAUAUUUAAACUGAGACAAUAUUUGCUCCUGAAUACUUAUUUAACUUUAAUAUAAAUAACAAGUUUAAACUUGACUAUUCCAUUAAGAAUUAUAUAUUUAACUGCCAAUAUAUGUAACAUAUCUAUGUCUAUCUAAUCAUAUCGGUAUAAGAAUCGUCCUGUUAUUGUUAGAUUUAACCCGUCAUCAUCGACAAUAUGACAUAUUUUUAGUUUAAUUGAUACACUUGACAUUUUUGUACAACAAAUGUCAUAGUGCCCUCAAAUGUCAUGUGUCAUAAUGUGAUAUUGAUGUAUAUGAUUGCAAUUUAAAAAUUAUCAAUAAUAUAUCUUUUUUUCUUAACUCAAUUAUUUUUUUUGCAAAAAACAAACACAAAAUUAAUAAAAACUAUACUUAUCUGUUAAAUUAGACUCUUAUUAAAUUUUUUUUUGCUUUGUAAUAUCAAUAUGAAUUGUCAUUUACUAACCUAAUAUGGUUUAAAGAUAUGUUAUAUUGUUGGUGAUUUUCGGUGAUAUAAAAUAAAUAUUAACACCUUUUCUAAAAACUUUUUGAUGUGCUUUGUGAAAAUUGAUGUUGAAAAACCGCUCUAAUAGAUUAUUAAAUUGUCCCCAUGUAUUUAUGUUCUUUGAUUGAUUCUGUGAAAGAUCUAUUGAUUGUAAUUGAUUUAUUUUAUUCAUUUGAUAGCUUAGGUGUUCUUAUCUUUAUUUUUUAUCCUCCAUUGUAAAUUUUUCGUAAUUUUGAUAUAGUUCUAUGACAAAUUGUCUGUCCAUAAUAAAGAGAAACAAUAAAAAUGUAUUUUAGACGACUAUAAAAAAAUUAAAUUCGACUUGAAACUUCGAUGUGCUAAAUUUAUAGCAAUAAUACGUAUACUAACAUAUCUCUUUUUAAUCUUCGCAUUUGGCGCCACAGCGGCCAUCUUGUCAAACUCCACAGACUAUAUACACUUUGCCAGAUAUAAUACAAUUUUUAGCGUUUUGUAAACACCAACAUUUUAUAACCGCGUAUAAAUCGUGUAGUUAGAGGAAAUAACGGAGGCUGAACGUUUAUUUAUUAUUUUUUUACGCGAAUUACAUUUAAUAUAGACUAUAAUGUUAUAGAUGACGUUCCUCUAUAUGUAACGCAUGUUUGAUGUAACUUUAUAUUUAAACCCUCGUACAUUUUAGAACAACUGUACUGAUGCGUUAUAAUUUUAUGGUAGAAGCAAUUUCCGACAUAUCUUAUAUUGUAAAUCUUUAUGGUGAUUGUAUAAGCUUGGUGGGUAUAUAUAAAAUGUAGGUUCUGAUGUAUGUGUAUUCAAAGGAAAUGCAGUUAGUCUGGUUUUUUCCUGUUUUUAGAUAAUGUUUGCGCAUGUAACUGAUCGAUCAAUGGAAAUAAAUGAAUAUUGUCCCUA